AUUACCCACACCCUGAAAUGGAUGACGAUCUGCAGAGGCUCCUGCUGCACGUUAGUGAGGAUCUCUGGGUCAGGGAUGUACAAGCCAUGGUAUUUCUAUGUGGGGACAACCUGAGGACAGCAGACAAGGAACACAUCAGGGAUGACGGCAAAACGCUCUUCUCAGUUCUGCAAAAGAAAGACUUGCUCUCACAGGGAAACUUAUCCUUUCUCAAGGAGAUCCUGUGGAGAAUAGGCAGAAUUGACAUCCUGAAGAAUCAGCUGAAGCUUCCAGCACAGGAAAUAGCGGACCUUCCAAACACCGCCCGACGCAUUUCUCCAUACAGGUGCCUCCUGUAUGACAUAUCAGAACGUCUCAGUACCAGCGAUGUAGACAAAGUGAAGUAUUUGCUGUAUCCCGGACCUCACAGAACAGAAUCUAUGCUGGACGUGCUUCUAGAAAUGGAAAAAGAUGGAAAACUGAGUGAAGACGAUCUGAAGACACUGAGCAACGCUCUGCGAGAAAUCCAUCGGAAUGAUCUCCUGCAGAAGGUGGCAUCAUAUGAAAGACAACAAGGUUGCCAAGCAGCAAGUCUCAUCAGUACGCUUGAGAACCUGGGUAUAGAAGAGAGCAGCCCCGAAACACAGAAAGAUUCCUCAGUGCCGCAGGGGCACAUGGAGGAAUACCGGCUGGAGAAGGUGCCGCACGGCUGGUGUGUAAUUAUCAACAACAAGAGAUUCAGCGAUGGAGACAGAAGUGGAACAGACAGAGACGCAGAGGCGAUAAGGAAAGUAUUUGCAGCACGUGGUUACGUGGUAGAAGAACACAAAGACCUGACAGGCGAUGGGAUCUUACACAUCAUGGAGGAGUAUCAGAAAAAGGAUCACUCUGAGAGAGACAGCUUUGUGUGUUUUGUCCUCUCGCAUGGUGGUCAAGGGGUUGUAUUUGGUACAGAUGGAAAAGAGGUGCCAAUCAAGAACAUAACCAACUGCGUCAAUGGUCAGAAUUGUGAGUCACUACGUGGCAAACCCAAGGUGUUCUUCCUGCAAGCGUGCCAAGGAGAUCAGGUUGAUGAAGGAGUUCCUUAUCAUAGUGACAGCAUUGGAUCUACGUAUGCAGAUGACGGCACGCGGGGUCACAUUCCCACCAAUGCUGACUUCCUAACAGGUUUUGCUACUGUUGAAGAUUAUAUCUCUCUGAGGCAUCCUAGGAAUGGAUCUGUUUAUGUGCAGAAGCUGUGCAUAGCGUUGACGGAUCAUCAUUAUUUCCAAGAGGACUUGGCGAGCAUUCUGACCACUGUGCACCAGAGAAUCGCAGAAGAAGAUUAUGACUAUACACAAGAAGAUGGCCGGAAGCGCGUCAAGCAGAUGCCAUCGUACAAAUCAGAGUUACGCAAGCGAUUGAUUUUACCACCCCCAUCAAAUGAAGGAGAAAUAAGCUGACAACACUCACAUAAUAAACCUUUCUUAGGAAAAGUGCUGGUAGUUAUAGCUUGUUCUUUAUUUUAUAUUUUGUUCAAACCUAUUGUCGCGGAGCGCGUAACUGAUAGCAACGUGCCAACGCCGCAUGAUGUCUGAGCCUCUCCUCCGCCUUCUCCAUUUUAGUUUAAGUUUAGUGAAUACCUCAUACCCCAACAGACGUGGUAAUGGGGAGAGUGUCGCACGAUGAAUGCAGACCUUCAUUCAGUCUUAAUACCUGCAGAAUAGUCAGGUACAGUAUGAGGAGCCCCUCUCAUCUCCCACGGUGCGUGCCGGAAUCAGGGGUCAGGGCUGGACCCUGUGCUGUGUAUCUACCUAGAUAUACCUCUGCUCACAUACCCUUACUCCGGGCACCAUGGCGCCUAGCUACACCUCUGUUCACACCCUUACGUCGGGCACUAUGGCACCUAGAUACACCUCUCCUCACACCUUUACUCUGGGCACCAUGGCACCUAGCUGCACACCUGCUCACAUACCCUUACUCCAGGCACCAUGAUGACUAGCUACACCUCUGCUCACACCCUUACGUCGGGCACUAUGGCACCUAGAUACACCUCUGCUCACACCCUUACUCUGGGAACCAUGGCACCUAGAUACACCUCUCCUCACACCCUUACUCUGGGAACCAUGGUACCUAGAUAUACCUCUGCUCACAUACCCUUACUCUGGGCACCAUGGCGCCUAGCUGCACCUCUGCUCACAUCCUUACUCUGGGAACCAUGGCACCUAGAUACACCUCUGCUCACACCCUUACUCUGGGAACCAUGGUACCUAGAUAUACCUCUGCUCACAUACCCUUACUCUGGGCACCAUGGCACCUAGAUACACCUCUCCUCACACCCUUACUCUGGGAACCAUGGUACCUAGAUAUACCUCUGCUCACAUACCCUUACUCUGGGCACCAUGGCGCCUAGCUGCACCUCUGCUCACACCCUUACUCUGGGAACCAUGGUACCUAGAUAUACCUCUGCUCACAUACCCUUACUCUGGGCACCAUGGCACCUAGAUACACCUCUCCUCACACCCUUACUCUGGGAACCAUGGUACCUAGAUAUACCUCUGCUCACAUACCCUUACUCUGGGCACCAUGGCGCCUAGCUGCACCUCUGCUCACAUACCCUUACUCUGGGCACCAUGGCACCUAGAUACACCUCUCCUCACACCUUUACUCUGGGCACCAUGGCGCCUAGCUGCAUACCUGCUCACACCCUUACUCCAGGCACCAUGAUGACUAGCUACACCUCUGCUCACACCCUUACGCCGGGCAUUAUGGCACCUAGCUAUACCUCUGCUCACACCCUUACUCUGGGCACCAUGGUGCCUAGCUGCACCUCUGCUCACACCCUUACUCUGGGCACCAUGGUGCCUGGCUACACCUCUGCUCACACCCUUACUCCGGGCACCAUGUCGCCUAGCUGCACCUCUGCUCAAAUACCCUUACUCCGGGCACCAUGGCAUGUAGCUGCACCUCUGCUCACAUACCCUUACUCCGGGCACCAUGGCAUCUAGCUGCACCUCUGCUCACAUACCCUUACUCCGGGCACCAUGGUGCCUAGCUACACCUCUGCUCACAUACCCUUACUCCGGGCACCAUGGUGCCUAGCUGCACCUCUGCUCACACCCUUACUCCGGGCACCAUGGCGCCUAGCUACACCUCUGCUCACACACCCUUACUCCGGGCACCAUGGCGCCUAGCUAUACCUCUGCUCACACCCUUACUCCGGGCACCAUGGCGCCUAGCUGCACCUCUGCUCACAUACCCUUACUCCGGGCAGCAUGGCGCCUAGCUACACCGCUGCUCACAUACCCUUACUCCGGGCACCAUGGCGCCUAGCUGCACCUCUGCUCACAUACCCUUACUCCGGGCACCAUGGCGCCUAGCUGCACCUCUGCUCACACCCUUACUCCGGGCACCAUGGCGCCUAGCUGCACCUCUGCUCACACCCUUACUCCGGGCACCAUGGCGCCUAGCUGCACCUCUGCUCACAUACCCUUACUCCGGGCAGCAUGGCGCCUAGCUACACCGCUGCUCACAUACCCUUACUCCGGGCACCAUGGCGCCUAGCUGCACCUCUGCUCACAUACCCUUACUCCGGGCACCAUGGCGCCUAGCUGCACCUCUGCUCACACCCUUACUCCGGGCACCAUGGCGCCUAGCUGCACCUCUGCUCACACCCUUACUCCGGGCACCAUGGCGCCUAGCUAUACCUCUGCUCACAUACCCUUACUCCGGGCACCAUGGCGCCUAGCUGCACCUCUGCUCACACCCUUACUCCGGGCACCAUGGCGCCUAGCUGCACCUCUGCUCACACCCUUACUCCGGGCACCAUGGCGCCUAGCUAUACCUCUGCUCACAUACCCUUACUCCGGGCACCAUGGCGCCUAGCUACACCUCUGCUGCACUACCUGAGCCACUUGUGUGGGUUGUAGGGAGGUCAUACAGGCACGUGGAGGCCACACACACUACUGAGCCUCAUUUUGACUUGUUUUAAGGACAUUACAUCAAAGUUGGAUAAGCCUGUAGUGUGUUUUUCGACUUUAAUUUUGAGGGUGACUCCAAAUC